GUGAGCAUAUAAAAGCCUUGGAUCAUAGUUGACUCAGUAAGAACAGAAGCUUCAAUGGAUGCAGUGGCAGUCCUGGUGCUUUGUCUCUUCUGUCUGCUUCUCCUUUCGCUCUGGAGACAGAGCUCUGGGAGAGGGAAGCUCCCUCCUGGCCCCACUCCUCUCCCAAUUAUUGGAAACAUCCUGCAGAUAGAUGUUAAAAAUAUCACCAAGUCCUUAACGAAUUUCUCAAAAGUCUAUGGCCCUGUGUUCACCCUGUAUUUUGGCAUGAAGCCCACUGUGGUGCUACACGGAUAUGAGGCAGUGAAGGAAGCCAUGAUUGAUCAUGGGGAGGACUUUGUUGGAAGAGGGAGUUUCCCAAUAGCUGAAAAAAUUGAUAAAGGCCUUGGAGUCAUUUUUAGCAAUGGGAACAUAUGGAAAGAGACUCGGCGCUUCUCCCUCAUGACCUUGCGGAAUUUUGGGAUGGGGAAAAGGAGCAUUGAGAGCCGUAUUCAAGAGGAAGCCCACUUCCUGGUGGAGGAGCUGAGAAAAACCCAAGGCUCACCUUGUGAUCCCACUAGUAUUCUGGGAUGUGCGACCAGCAAUGUGAUCUGCUCCAUUAUCUUCCAGAAUCGUUUUGAUUACAAUAAUCAGAAUUUUCUUGCCAUGACAAAAAAGGUUAAUGAAAAUGCCAAGAUUCUGAGCUCUCCAUGGAUGCAGGUCUACAAUGCUCUCCCUGCUCUCAUUCAUUAUCUUCCAGGAAGUCAUAAAACAAUAAUUCAAAACAGGGAUUAUGUAGGAAGUUAUAUUUUGGAGAAGAUAAAAGAACACGAAGAAUCAUUAGAUGUUAACAAUCCUCGGGACUUUAUCGAUUGUUUCCUGAUACAAAUGAAGAAGGAAAACAAGAAUGACAUGUUGGCGUUUACUUAUGAAAACUUGACAGUCACUAUAAAUGAUUUGUUUGGUGCUGGAACAGAGACAACAAGUUCAACACUGAGACAUGCUCUCCUGCUCCUGAUGAAACACCCGGAGGUCACAGUUAAGGUCCAGGAAGAGAUUGACCGUGUGAUUGGCAGGCACCGGAGCCCCUGCAUGCAGGACAGGAGCCACAUGCCAUAUACAGAUGCUGUGCUGCAUGAGGUGCAGAGAUACAUUGACCUCGUUCCCACCAGCUUGCCCCAUGCGGUGACCCGUGACCUUCAAUUCAGAAACUAUAACAUUCCCAAGGGCACAACCGUAUUGAUAUCCUUGACAUCUGUGCUACGUGAUGAAAAAGAAUUUCCCAGACCAGAGACUUUUGACCCUGGCCACUUUCUAGAUGACAGUGGCCAGUUUAAGAAAAGCAACUACUUCAUGCCUUUCUCAAUAGGAAAACGUAUUUGUGCAGGAGAGGCCCUUGCCCGCAUGGAGCUGUUUUUGUUCCUGACUACCAUUUUACAAAACUUUAAUCUGAAAUCUGUGGUUGAUCCAAAGAAUCUUGAUGCCACUGCAACUGUCAAUGGACUGGUUUCUGUCCUGCCCUCCUACCAAGCCUGCUUCAUUCCUGUCUGAAGAAGAGCAGAAUGCCUGGCUGCUGCUCUGCUGUCAUCUGAUAUCUCCUUCUCUGCAUCAUAAGCUACCUUCAUCCAUUAGAAAUGGCUUCACUGAUAUCUCCUUUCCAUCUACCCAUUCAGUCAAAAUCCAGGGAAGACUCAAAGUUCAUUAUGAAGAGUUCUGUGAUUGUACCAGAAUGCAUGCUAUUUCCUAUAUUCUGUAAUACUUGCAUAAAACUUAUCUAAUGCUGAA